GUUAAUAAUUAAUCAAGAACCGUCGUUGACUUGCUUUCACUAAAUAAAUUGUUAGCUAAUACAUGUAACGAUUUAAAGUAUGUGAUCUUAAUUAUUUAAAAUGGCGACUGCAAUAGAAGAGAAAGUCAAAGAAACUCUAACAUGUAACGUGUGUUAUGAGACACUCAAAGAUCCAAGGACGCUACCAUGUAUGCACACAUACUGUUGCAACUGCGUAGACAGAUUUCAAAUGAAAAACUAUGGACAGGAAAUGACACUAAGCUGCCCAGAAUGUAGACAAGUUCACAAAAUACCUAUUGGGGGAGUGGCCAAAUUCCAGGUCAACUUCACGACAAGAUCGUUGGUGGAUAUGUUACAUUCAAUCCAACAAGCUGAAGUUGACAAUGCCAAACGUAUUGAUGAACUCCUUAAGAAAGGUGAGACUUUGGUUAAAUCCCUUGAGCAAUCAAUACAGAGUACCCACGCCAAGAGGCUCAAAAUGGAACAGGAAGCUGACAGUGUUUCUCAUAAACUGGAUGACGAUAUGAACCUCGCCAUAAAAGCCAUUCAUGAUAACUACACAAAGAAUAUUAACUUAGUGGCUGAGAAAAGAGCCUUACGUAAUGAACAAGCUUUGGCCCACCUAGAACACCUUCAUGUACAGAAAGCCACUACUGAGAGCACAAUGAGCCAGCUACGUACAGUAAAACAACAAGGAAAUAACCAACAGCUUUCGGACAUGAGUCAAGAGAUCAUCGUUAAAUCAAUUGAGUUGACAACAAAACCUACCAUAACAGAAUUUGAAGCAAACAAUGAAUUCCAAAUAAACAGAGUUAAAGUAUUUGAUGAUAGAAUACUGUUUGGUGAUGUGAACAUACACAAUGUAAGCACUAUCGAGCAACAACUCCCAAGUCCUACUGAAAUAAAGAAAAAAACUAUGUCACCAAAAAUCUCAAGAAUAUUUAAGAAAGUCAUGAAAAAUGGGAUGACUAAUGCACAGGACCUUGCUGUAACAAACAAUGGUGAUAUUAUAGUAAAUGGCUGGCAAACUCCAGGGCAUAUCUAUGACAGUCAUCUGACAUUAAAAAAUACAUUUGGUACUGGAUUUACAAACGUUACGUCCAAAAACAAUGAAAUCCUAUUCACCAGUGACUCUGACACAGUUCACAUAUACAACCAAGAUGGCCGACACAAUAGAGAUCUGAUGGUGCCAAGACUUAAAAGUUGCCAAGGUAUCGCCGUGAACUCUAAAGAAGAACUUGUUAUAUGCGACCCAGGCACCAAAUCUGUGUACCACAUCGACAGCUCAACUGGGGCUAUCCUGACCAAAUCCAAAUCAAAUUUCAACUGUCCUAUCUUCGUAGCUAUCAACAGUAAAGAUGAGGCAAUCGUGUCUGACUAUGCUGCAAACUGUGUGGUGGGAAUGACCAGAGAUGGCAAUGAGCUGUUCAGGUAUGG